AAGUAUCAUUCCAUUUUAAUCUCGUGGGGGAGAAAACUUCCCGUUAAGUGUACGUGUCUGGGUGAUGCCCCAGAGCCUAUCCAUACACGCUCUCUUUUGCCCAGAAAAUACAUUCAUUAAAAUGCACUUGAAAAGGGAUUUUUUUUUCCCCCUGAAGGCUGCACGCCACCCAGGCGUGUUUGGCGCACACACCGUGCACGUAGGAUGCUUCUCAUUUUCUCUCCCCCUGAUUUCUAGGUUUUUCCUCUUUUCUUUCUGCUUUCUAAGGGAGGAUUAUUUCCUCUCUCGUGCGUGAGGUUCAUCAGCAUGGACCGGAUAAUCUUUCCGAGUGCUGGAAACGCGAACUUGGUGUAGACUGGUGGCAAGGCUAAGGUCAGCGUCUGGAGAAAGUUCACGCCCUUUAACUCUUCCCCGUUCUAGGCGAGGUCUCUCCGGGAGCUGAGCUCGAGCCUUCGCGACCCACUCGGAUUGCCCUUGGUCGCGGAGUAGCGCCCGGAGGAGGGGGACCGCUUUCUGCAGUUGGCCUCCGUAGCUGCCAAGAAGACCCGUCGUCUUUGUGUGUGUGUGUGGUUUUUUUUUUUUUUUCUAAAGUCUCGAGAGAUGGACGAAGACGGUGAAGUCAGUUGAAGUCCGAAGAGAUCAUCAGGGCGUUUUGCAGGAGCCUUCAUAAAAACGUUUCGUUCCCGGGCGCAUUACUCGGUUCUCCAGCCCUGCACCUCCUCGGAGCCUGGUGUGGCAUUUCUUCCCUUUUCGGUGUGUGGUGGCAUCCCGCCCCCCCAAUGUGGACCCCGAAGGGUUGGUCCCUUCUUUAUAAUUUGAGAUGAAAUGAUGGCCACACGCCGGACUGGUCUGCCGGAGGGAGAUGGUGACAAGCUCAAGGCGUGCGGGUCCCCCACCUGUGAGAUAUCAAAAACUAAAGAUGGAAAAGAACAAAAUGAAACUGUAUCACCAUCCGAAGAUGAAACAUUCUCCUGGCCAGGUCCCAAAACAGUCAUGUUGAAAAGAACAUCUCAAGGCUUUGGUUUCACAUUAAGGCAUUUUAUUGUUUAUCCCCCAGAGUCUGCAAUUCAAUUUUCAUAUAAGGAUGAAGAAAAUGGCAACAGAGGAGGAAAACAAAGAAACCGCUUGGAACCAAUGGAUACCAUAUUUGUUAAACAGGUUAAAGAAGGAGGACCUGCUUUUGAAGCUGGAUUAUGUACAGGUGAUCGAAUUAUAAAAGUCAAUGGAGAAAGUGUUAUUGGAAAGACCUACUCCCAAGUAAUUGCUUUAAUUCAAAACAGUGAUACAACAUUGGAACUUAGUGUUAUGCCAAAAGAUGAAGACAUUCUCCAAGUGCUACAGUUUACAAAGGAUGUCACAGCUCUGGCAUAUUCGCAAGAUGCCUACCUGAAAGGCAAUGAAGCCUACAGUGGUAAUGCCCGCAAUAUCCCCGAACCUCCACCAAUUUGCUAUCCCUGGCUGCCGUCUGCCCCUUCAGCCAUGGCACAGCCAGUUGAAAUAUCUCCUCCAGAUUCAUCAUCGAACAAACAGCAAACCAGUACACCAGUACUGACACAACCUGGCAGGGCCUACAGAAUGGAAAUACAAGUGCCUCCAUCACCAACAGAUGUUGUAAAAUCGAACACAGCAGUGUGUGUUUGCAAUGAAAGUGUAAGGACUGUCAUUGUACCUUCUGAGAAGGUUGUAGAUUUGUUAACUAAUAGAAACAACCAUACAGUUCCUUCACAUAGAACCGAAGAGGUGAGGUAUGGCCUAAAUGAGCAGACCUCUUUGAAAACAGUGUCAAGGACCACAUCACCAUCAUCAUCAAUUCCCACUGCCCAUCUAAUUCAUCAGACUGCAGGCUCCAGGUCAUUGGAAUCUUCGGGAAUGUUACUUAAAUCCACCAAUUACAGUGGACAUUCGGAAGGAAUCUCAAGCAGUAGACCUCAAGCUGUGGAUUCCCCUUCUGUAUCUGUUAAUCACUAUUCUCCGAAUUCCCAUCAGCACAUAGACUGGAAAAACUAUAAAACUUACAAAGAGUAUAUUGAUAACAGACGAUUGCACAUAGGUUGUAGGACAAUUCAAGAAAGGCUAGAUAGUUUACGAGCAGCGUCUCAGAGCACAACAGAUUAUAACCAGGUGGUACCAAACCGCAGUACUUUGCAGGUACGACGUCGAAGCACCUCUCACGAUCGAGUGCCCCAGUCUGUUCAGAUCCGGCAGCGCAGUGUGUCCCAGGAAAGGCUGGAGGAUUCUGUGCUAAUGAAGUAUUGUCCACGAAGUGCAUCUCAAGGGGCACUGGCAUCUUCAUCUGUUAGUUUUAGCAAUCACAGAACUCGUUCGUGGGAUUAUAUCGAGGGACAGGGUGAACCCAUAGAAAAUGUCAAUUCUGAAAGUCAGAUACCUGAUUCGAAUGGAGAACGGAAGCAGACUUACAAGUGGAGUGGAUUUACAGAACAGGAUGACAGGCGAGGGAUUUAUGAAAGACCCAGGCAGCAAGAAAUUCACAAGUCUUUUCGAGGUUCAAGUUUUACCGUGGCUCCGAGCAUUAAUUCUGACAAUAGGCGAGUGACCGGCAGAGGAGUGGGAUCUGUGUCUCAGUUUAAGAAAGUGCCACCAGAUCUGAAAACACUACAGCCCAACAGAAGUUUUCAGACUACUUGUGGAAUGUCACUGCCUCGAGGGGUUUCACAAGACAGGUCACCUCUUGUGAAAGUCCGGAGUAAUUCCCUGAAAGCGCCUUCUCCGCAUGUCACAAAACCAUCCUUCAGCCAGAACUCACUUGUUUCUGUCAAAGACCAAAGACCAGUAAAUCACUUGCAUCAGAACAGUCUGUUGAAUCAGCAGACAUGGCUUAGAACCGAAAGUGCCCCCGAUCACCAGGUGGAGCCUGGGAAAGCGCCCUCUUCUUCUGGAACUUCUGGGAAGCCGGUCCCUCAGACCAGUGAGAACUCAGGCGCUUCGGAUCUUGAAGUCUCGGUCCCUCAAAGAAAUCAAGAUCUAAAUUUACGAGAGGCCGAAAUUCAGGAGGCAGAUACUUUAGAUAAUAGAGAAACUGUCGUCCUAAGAGAAAAACCCCCAUCGGGUCGCCAGACACCACAGCCUUUACGGCAUCAGUCUUACAUCUUGGCAGUAAAUGACCAGGAGACCGGGUCAGACACGACCUGUUGGCUGCCUAAUGAUGCACGCCGAGAGGUCCAUAUAAAAAGAAUGGAGGAAAGGAAGGCCUCAAGUACCAGCCCGCCUGGGGAUUCGCUGGCAUCCAUCCCAUUCAUAGAUGAACCAACAAGCCCUAGCAUUGAUCAUGACCUUGCACACAUCCCUGCUUCUGCUGUCAUCUCAGCCUCCACCCCCCAGGCACCUCAGGCACCCCAGGCACCCUCCAUAGCAAUGGUCCCACCCAGCCUCACCACAUCGGCUCCUUUAAUUCGUCGCCAGCUCUCCCAUGACCAGGAAUCUGUCGGACCUCCCAGCCUCGAUGCCCAGCCCAGCUCAAAGACCGAAAGAUCAAAAUCCUAUGAUGAGGGCCUGGAUGAUUACAGAGAAGAUGCAAAAUUGUCCUUUAAGCACGUUUCUAGCCUGAAGGGAAUCAAGAUCUUAGACAGCCAGAAGUCAUCAGAAGACUCUGGGUCCAGGAAGGAUUCUUCCUCAGAGGUUUUCAGCGAUGCUGCCAAGGAAGGGUGGCUUCACUUCCGACCACUCAUCACCGACAAGGGCAAGCGAGUUGGUGGAAGCAUUCGGCCAUGGAAACAGAUGUAUGUUGUGCUUCGGGGCCAUUCACUUUACCUGUACAAAGAUAAAAGAGAACAGAUGACUCCAUCCGAGGAAGAACAGCCCAUCAGCGUCAAUGCCUGCUUAAUAGACAUCUCUUAUAGUGAGACCAAGAGGAAAAAUGUGUUUCGACUCACCACAUCAGACUGUGAAUGCCUAUUUCAGGCUGAAGACAGAGACGACAUGCUAGCAUGGAUCAAGACCAUCCAGGAGAGCAGUAACCUCAACGAAGAGGAUACCGGAGUGACUAACAGGGAUCUAAUUAGCCGAAGAAUAAAAGAAUAUAAUAGUCUGAUGAGCAGCAAAGCAGAACAGUUGCCAAAAACACCUCGCCAGAGUCUCAGCAUUCGGCAGACUCUGCUUGGUGCUAAAUCAGAGCCAAAGACUCAAAGUCCACACUCUCCCAAGGAAGAGUCAGAACGGAAACUUCUCACUAAAGAUGAUACCAGUCCCCCAAAAGACAAGGGCACAUGGAGAAAAGGUAUUCCAAGUAUUAUGAGGAAGACAUUUGAAAAAAAGCCCACUGCUACAGGAACGUUCGGUGUCAGACUGGAUGAUUGUCCACCAGCACAUACCAAUCGGUAUAUUCCAUUAAUAGUUGACAUAUGUUGCAAAUUAGUUGAAGAAAGAGGUCUUGAGUAUACAGGUAUUUAUAGAGUUCCUGGAAAUAAUGCAGCCAUUUCAAGUAUGCAAGAAGAACUCAACAAGGGGAUGGCUGAUAUUGAUAUACAAGAUGAUAAAUGGCGAGAUUUGAAUGUGAUAAGUAGUUUACUAAAGUCCUUCUUCAGAAAACUCCCUGAGCCUCUCUUCACAAAUGAUAAAUAUGCCGACUUUAUUGAGGCCAAUCGUAAAGAAGAUCCUCUAGACCGUCUGAAAACAUUAAAAAGACUAAUACAUGAUUUGCCCGAACAUCAUUAUGAAACUCUGAAGUUCCUUUCCGCUCAUCUGAAGACGGUGGCAGAAAAUUCAGAAAAAAAUAAGAUGGAACCAAGAAACCUAGCAAUAGUUUUUGGUCCAACUCUUGUGAGAACAUCCGAAGACAACAUGACCCAUAUGGUCACUCACAUGCCAGACCAAUACAAGAUCGUGGAGACGCUUAUCCAGCAUCAUGACUGGUUUUUCACAGAAGAAGGAGUGGAAGAACCUCUUACAACAGUGCAGGAGGAAAACACAGUAGACUCCCAGCCAGUGCCAAACAUAGAUCAUUUACUCACCAACAUUGGAAGGACAGGAGUCUCCCCUGGAGAUGUAUCAGAUUCAGCUACUAGUGACUCAACAAAAUCUAAGGGUUCUUGGGGAUCUGGAAAAGAUCAGUAUAGCAGGGAGCUGCUUGUGUCCUCCAUCUUUGCAGCCGCCAGUCGCAAGAGGAAGAAGCCGAAAGAAAAGACACAACCCAGCAGCUCGGAGGACGAACUGGACAAUGUGUUUCUUAAGAAAGAGAGCGCGGAACAGGCUCAAAGCGACAUCAGAGAGGAAUCCAAAAGAGAGAGCGAGGCGGCGAGCAGGAAACACAGGACCGUCGUCUCCAAAGAAGGCAACGCCAAGAAGGACUCGGGUGCCGCCAAAGACGAAAGGAAGGAGCGCGCCGCGUCCGGGGAACCGUCACCGCCACAGAGCGCGAGAGCCCGGAAGUCGCCGUCCCCGGGCCGCCGCUUCCCGCCGCCGCCGCCGGGAGAGAGCCCCAGGCCCCCCGGCGCCCCCAGGCCCACGCCUCCGGGAGACGCGGGGUCCGACGCGGGCUCUCGGCUCGGCGCCUCCCCGCAGGCGGCCCUCGCCAGGCCUUGCCCCAGGCAACGCGGCAGCCCGGAAGCCGGCGGCGCGGAGCUCCCGGCGCAGCUCGGCGCCGCCGCCUCAGACCCCGCCCGCGCGCCGUCCGCCGCGUCCCUGACGGGCCCCGACCCCGGCCGGCUGAGCCCCGAGGUGCGCUCGGUGGCCGAGAGCAGGGGCGACGAGGCGGACGACGAGCGCAGCGAGCUCGUCAGCGAGGGCCGGCCGGUGGAGACGGACAGCGAGAGCGACUUCCCCGUGUUCCCCGCCGCCCUGGCCGCGGACCGGGGCCCCCGAGGCCGGCCGCGCGAGGCCGGCAGGGCGAGCCGCAGGAGCUCGGAGGGCAGCGAGCCGAGCGGCACGGACGGCAGCCGCACCCCCAGCCUGGACAGCCGGCGGCAGCUCUUCAGCUCCCACAAGCUCAUCGAGUGCGACACGCUGUCCCGGAGGAAGUCCGGCCGCCUGCGGUCCGACGGCGGCAGCCUGGCCGACGCCCGCGGCGACCGGGAGGCCCCCGCCCUCGCCAAGGUGUUCGACGUCAUGAAGAAGGGCAGGUCCACGGGCAGCCUGCUGGCGCCGGGCAGGGCCGAGCCGGACCGCCAGGAGCCCACCUGGAGGACGAGGCUGGCGGACCGCUUGAAACUGCGGCCCAGGGCGCCGGCGGACGACAUGUUCGCGCUGGGGCCGCAGAAGGCGGGCGAGGCCGCCAAGCGGAAGAACAUCCGGCGCCGGCACACGCUCGGCGGGCACCGCGACGCCGCCGACCUGAGCGUGCUGGGCUUCUGGAAGGCGCAGGAGCAGGGCGCCGACAGGGAGCCCGAGCUGUCGGCCGUCACGCGCCUGCGCCCCAAGUGCCCCGCCCGGGACCUCUGCAUCUCCGACUGGCUGGCCCGGGAGCGCCUGCGCGCCAGUGCCGCCGACCUGAGCGCCGGCCCGAGCGCCGGCCCGAGCGCCGGGGAGCCCGGGGAGCCCGGGGAGCCCAGGCCGCCCAGGCCGCCCGACCGCGUCCGCCGAGGGAGCUUCCAGAACGCGAGCCCCGACGCCAGCUCCGCGGCGCUCUAACGCCCAGCCCCGUCCGUCACGUGCCCGGAACCCGAGGCAGCAAAGCACAGGCGCAGCCCUGUCUGCAGACUGCGGCACGGCCACCAGAGCAAAGAAAGAAGCUACUGUUACACGUUCCAGUGACGCUGUAAAU